UGGCGGCUUGGUUUGCACCAGUUCAAGUUAGCGAUUCCUUUAGAACAUUAGUCAGUGGUGGAAUAUUAAUUACUAAGUAAUCCUCCUCCGCAACAGCCAAGAACAGGCAUUUCUCUAUUAUUCUUAUAGUCGCAGCAUUCUUGAAAUCAUUCCAUGACAGUGGCUGAAAGACUGGCGGUAAUAAGAGAAAGGUGUAAUAAUAAUUCAGUCAGAGCUCCAGCAAUGGUGUCCUUUCUGUCUUCAUGGCGUGUCUUUAUUUUCAUUCUGGAGAUGGGCCUGGGAGCCUUUGCCUUGGACAAGUACACUGCAGCAGUAUACGAGCAUUCAGUCAUAUUGGCAGAAAGCACUACAAAGCCAGUUUCUUCUGAAGAGGCUUUAAAACUGAUGAACAAAAACAUGGAUAUUUUAGAAGAGGCCAUCAAAAUGGCAGCAAAGCAGGGUGCACACAUCAUUGUAACCCCUGAAGAUGGUAUAUAUGGUUUUUCCUUCACAAGAGAAACACUUUAUCCGUAUCUUGAGGAUAUUCCAGAUCCACAAGUCAACUGGAUUCCUUGUACUGAGCCAGAAAGAUUUGGGCCUGCCCCAGUGCUAGUAAGGCUGAGCUGUCUGGCAAGAGACAACGCUAUUUAUGUGGUUGCCAACAUGGGGGAUAAGAAGCCAUGCAAUUUCACAGACCCUGACUGCCCUAGUGAUGGCCGUUAUCAGUACAACACAGAUGUUGCCUUUGAUUCACAAGGGAAACUGGUGGCACGUUACCACAAGCUCAAUCUCUUUAUGAUAGAACAGCUGCACUUUGAUGCCCCUAAAGAGCCUGAACUUGUGACUUUCAAUACCACUUUUGGAAAAUUUGGCCUUUUCACGUGCUUUGAUAUACUUUUUCAUGAUCCUGCUGUGGUACUGGUGAGCAAUCUUCACGUGGAUACCAUCAUUUUCCCUACUGCUUGGAUAAAUGUCCUUCCACAUUUAACUGCAAUCGAAUUCCAUUCUGCAUGGGCUAUGGGCAUGCGUGUCAAUGUUCUGGCAUCUAAUACUCAUCUUCGUAGCAGGAACAUGACAGGUAGUGGCAUCUACGCACCAGAUGGACCCAGGGCAUUUCAUUAUGACGCCAAAUCAGAGAAUGGGCAUCUUCUGGUUGCAGAACUUGAUUCCCGUCCAUCUCUCUCUCCUACCUACCUUUCUGCUCUUAACUGGAGUUUGUUUGCCACAACUAUCAAGCCAUUCUCAGAGGAACCUAAUUUCACCGGAAUCGUUUUCUUUGAUGAAUACACUUUCUCGGAGCUCACCAAAGAAGUCGGCAAUCUGACAGUGUGCCAGAAAAGUCUGUGUUGCCACUUAAGCUACAGGAUGACAGAACAACAAGAAGAUGAACGUUAUGUCCUUGGGGCAUUUGAUGGCCUUCAUACAGUUGAAGGAGAAUAUUACCUCCAGGUAUGUACACUGCUGAAGUGUGGAAGUACUGACCUCCAAACCUGUGGCCAGCCAGUGACUGCAGCUUACACCCAGUUUGAUUAUUUUUCCCUCAGUGGCACAUUUAGCACAAACUAUGUUCUCCCAGAAGUCCUGCUCAGUGGAGUCCAGUUGGCACCUGGAGAGUUUCAGGUUUUGAGUGAUGGGCGACUCGUUAGUCUGAAGCGUACAUCACAGCCAGUUUUAACUGUGACACUUUUUGGAAGGUGGUUUGAGAAGGAUCCCCCACAUCUAUACACUCACAGCAGGAUUCUCUGAAAUGCUCUGAGCAUGAUGGCUUGCAAGGACGACUGCAAUAGAACAUGAGUGGCAUAUAUUUUCAUUAUUUUCUUCUGUCUGUUGUCUUCACUUCAUUUAACAAACACGUUGUGUAUUACUUAUCUCUUGCUAACUUUAACAUGGUUGCAGGUGCUGCAUCCUACCAUAGUGGCUACAUCAAUUUAGAUCUACCUAUCAAAUGUACAAGAAUAUACACUCAUUGAAAAGAAAUCUGGACUAAUAAAGAUCAAGCAGA